AUGGCAAAAAGCCUACGGAGCAAAUGGAAGCGGAAGAUGCGCGCAGAGAAGAGGAAGAAAAAUGCUCCUAAGGAGCUGGCUCGUCUGAAACAAGCUCUGAAUCUGGACAAGAAAGGAGAAGCUGCCAUGACUGAUGUGCAGGAAAUCGCCACUGUGGUGCCAGCUGACAAGAUCAAGAAGACGGAUGUUGACAUGGCAGAGGCAGAGGGUGACGAUGGGAAGAUGGACAUGGAUAGCAAGCGCAACAAGGCAACACUGUUGGAUGAAAAUGGACAGUACCCUGCGUGGAUGAGCCAGCGGCAGGCCAAGAAACUGAAAGGCAAACGGAUGGCGAAGAAAGGCGGCAAGGGCAAGAAGAAGGGUAUCGCCUGGUGAACCUGAGGAGACCAAAAGACCUUUGCUUUGCUUUAAAGACUUUUGAUGCAGAAACACAGGAGGAUCAUUUCAUGUAUUGAUUAAUGCGUGAUAACUGUCACCUUCUGUUAUUGGAUCUCAUUCACUUCAGUGGAUUACAAGAUUCAUGGUCGUGCCACAGAGCCUGUUAUUGUAAAGUAAUUCACUGAAGGAGCGUGUUUGUUCUUAUGGAACAGCAGCACCACCUUAAUGUUAGGAGGCAAGUUUUAACAAAAUAAGACUCGUACAAAAUGUGUCUCCCCUUAGCUCGUCUUAAUACAUCAUAACAGUGCAGGUGAUAGGUAUAUAUUCUCUACUACAAUUUAAAUCUUUUCAUAUUCUGAUAAAAAAAAAAAUGAUUUACAGAUUCAUGUCUUGCAUUGUUCAAUAUAGGUAUUUGGUUAAAGGGGCAGCCUCGUGGCUCAGGUUCAACUUGAGGGAGACUGAGGACAUUUGUUGCAUUUUCUCUGCUCAUUUCGUGUUAUCUCUGUUGUCAGACUUUAAAUUAAUGCAGAAUAUUUUUCAGAUUUUGCUGCAUUUGCCACGAUAUAGAAGGUAUAUGCAAAACCAUUAUUGAAUGAACUGUGUUGUAGAUAAACCUUUCACAUGUAAAAACA